GAGGAGGCGGAGGAGGAGGAGGAGGAGGGGGAGGAGGAGGAGGAGGAGGAAGACGAGGAGGAGGAGGAGGAGGAGGAGGAGGAGGAGGAGGAGGAGGAGGAGGAGGAGGAGGAGGAGGAGGAGGAGGAGGAGGAGGAGGAGGAGGAGGAGGAGGAGGAGGAGGAGGAGGAGGAGGAGGAGGAGGCGGAGGCGGAGGAGGAGGAGGAGGAGGAGGAGGAGGAGGAGGAGGAGGAGGAGGCGGAGGAGGAGGAGGAGGAGGAGGAGGAGGAGGAGGAGGAGGAGGAAGACGAGGAGGAGGAGGAGGAGGAGGAGGAGGAGGAGGAGGAGGAGGAGAAGGAAGACGAGGAGGAGGAGGAGGAGGAGGAGGAGGAGGAGGAGGAGGAGGAGGCGGAGGAGGAGGAGGAGGAGGAGGAGGAAGAGGAGGAGGAGGAGGAGGAGGAGGAGGAGGAGGAGGAGGAGGAGGAGGAGGAGGAGGAGGAGGCGGAGGAGGCGGAGGAGGAGGAGGAGGAGGAGGAGGCGGAGGAGGCGGAGGAGGCGGAGGAGGAGGAG